UACCUCGAGACGUUUUCAGCCCAUGUGUUUGUGUAUCCUCCGGAAGUCCUCCUCCUUCUUCUUCUACUAUUUGUUUACCGGCGGAUGAGUGGAGGAGCUGCACAGCGCCACCUGCUGUCCGUCCGAGGGAACACAGGUUGAACUCAGUUACUGUCUGUGGGGAAAUAUUAACAUUAAAUUCAGAUUCACUGAGACAAAUACAAACAUUAUUUACAGCCUUUUAUAUACAGACUAUUAAAGUAUUUAAAAAAUAAUAAUUUAAUCCAAUUACAUAGAAUUUUUCUGGUAUUUGAAUAUUAAUAUUACUUAGAUAUUGAGUUGAUUAAAACAUAGUGAACAGUGGAUUUAUAAGAUGUGUUGAAUCAUCAUGAGAGUUGUUCAGACUCUGUAAAGCACCAAUAGGCCUCCAUAGUCUUUCAGUGUAAUUAAAAAACAUUUUUAGAAAUCCCCCAAAAUAUCACUGAUCCUUCUAAAGUUGCUGAACUUGCUGUCAAACUGAAUGAAGAGAGUUAUCUGUGUGUGUGUAAUGUCAGAGAGGAUGAAUGAGUCUCUGAGUCUCCACAGGAAUAAAUGAGGCAGCAGCUCACAGGUGAUCUUACUUAACGAGACUAACGAGGAGCUGGAAGCGUUGGAGACCAUGCUGCUGCUACUGCUGGCUGUGCUGCUGUUUGUUCAGCUCCCUGAAGGUGUCGACUGCGGUCCGAUACGAGAGGCCGAAGGAGCGCUUCAGAAGGACUGGUUUAGCAGGGUGGUGCACUAUAUGGACUCAAACCCAGAGACUUUAGAAGAACUGAUGACCAGGGACCACGCAGUGCUGGAAGGAGACAUUGUGCUGUCAAGCGACAGGAACGCAGCAGAGAACAUAUGGCCGACGCUGGAGAUACCAUACACCAUCAGCUGGGAGUUGGCGAGUCGGACGGGGGACAUCCUCUCUGCUAUGGCGAUGGUAUCCGAACAAACCUGUGUGUCCUUCCACAAGCGAACCUCUGAGACCAACUACCUGUUCUUCAAACCGAGCAAGGGCUGUGCGUCUUAUGUGGGCUUCAUCAGUGGCGAGCAACCCAUAUUUGUUGCGCCCCAGUGCAUCGUGGGUAAUAUCGCCCACGAGAUUCUUCACGCUCUGGGUUUCCACCACGAACACACAAGGACGGACCGCGAGCAGUACAUCACAGUCCUCCCCCACAAUAUUAUGACAGGGAUGGAGCGAAACUUCAAAAUGCAAUCAGGCCAAACCUUUGACCUUCAUUAUGACAUUGGCUCUAUAAUGCACUACGGAAGUGAGUUUUUUUCAGCCAACGGUCUUCCCACCAUUAUAUCCAAGAGUGACGUGAAGGACAUGGGACAGAGAAAUAAAAUGACAGCGACGGACAUUGAGAAAGUUCGACAUCUCUACAACUGUGGUGGAACAAAAAAGGAGCUGAAGACUGAAAUCAGUGGUGUCAAAGAAGAGGAGGAGGAAGAUGCAGUGCUACACUUGGUCCAUGAUGUGCUGUCUGAACUCAAGACCAUUAUCAAAGGCUCUGUUUCUACCAACAAACCAGAGGAAGAUCACACACCUGCUACUGCCCCCCCACCUGCCUCACUGCAGCACCUGGAUUCUGCCACUAGAGGGCAGAAUAACACCAGCUAAAAACUUUUUAUGAAUAAAACUAGUAUAUUCACACAGUAACUCUGAUCUCAUAUUGAAUGUUUUGGGUUCAUGGAGAUUAAUCAAAUAAUAUGAAAUAAAUCUCACAGGAUAUGACAUGAAGGGACCAUCGCACUCCGCAACUCGGGGUGUGCUGUGGCCACGUCACGUGCAAGUGUAACGUGCAGACGGCGACAUGAAUAUUGGCACUUAGAUGCGUUUAGUUUAGGACUCUUAACAAACUUGUGAAGUUUGGGUGCAAAUGGAGAAUCUGUACUUUAGGGUUAGGGUUCCCAUUGUCAUGUCAAGGUUGAUUUUUGAAGGCACGCCACGGACACACCGUUUGACCGAAUGUAAAGAUUUUAAUAACCUAACAUCCUGAACUUCUCUGCAUUGUAUUAAGCAAUUUUGAAGUUCAAUUCAAGAUCAAUUCACUAGGAGGAGUUUGUUCAAAUAUAACGUGUGCAAAUCGCCAGAAAUGGCCGAUUUUCUGUUUAGUUUGAGGUAUUUUUCUUACUUUUCUGCUUUUUUUUAAAAUCACGAUACACAUGCAUACUGAUUUUAGUACAUGUCGGCCUUACGUGUCUUGGGGUCUGACACGGGGACAACUGCAUAUGUCGAAUUCUCCAACGUUUGAAUUUUGUGCAAAGUUUCGUGAGCGCCCGAGCUUGGGUAAGUGUUCAUAAGUGCCAGGGUGUCUCUGCAGCACUACAGUAGUUCAUUAUAAUGCUGUUUGUCACAUAUUUUACCUUCAUCUAACAAAUUGCAGCUUCUGCUAUUUGGACAUUUCAGUAAUACUUGGAUUCAUUGUGCAGCCCUAUUAUAUCUUUCAUACUUUUUCAAUAUCUCAUUUUACCUGAUAUGACAAGUGCUGCUCUUACUGCUGAACCAACCGGUCUCUUCUCAUCCAACACCUUUUAUUCUAAAACUGAACUGAAGUUAACUGGUGAAUCAACACAGUGAAUCACAGUGGGACCAGCAGUAUGACAAACAGUUUAAUGUCAGGGGAAAACAUCUGAUUCAAUGUUGUAAUCAACUCUUUAUUUUCAUGAGAUCUUAUAAAGAUAAAAUACAUGUUGACCUUUAGAUAGCUGUAAGUUCAGAUGUUCAUUUAUCGUCAGUUCCUGUCGGUGGUGGAGCUGAGCAAUAACAGACCAGGUGCAGGUCUUUCUUACGCAGUAGUGAUAUAAACAUAAAAUAGACACAGCAGGACUCAAACCCACAGUUGGUCAAAUGUUUCACCUGUCAGAAGCUCAUCCUCCUGAUGUACUUGUCAGUUUUUAAAGACUUUGCUUUGGACUCGGCAAUAACGUUUGUGACAUUUUA